AUGCCCAACAUUCACGACAUUUACAACAUUCACGACAUUCACAACAUUCCUACCAUUCACAACAUUUCAAACAUUUACGACAUUCACAACAUUCACGACAUUUACAACAUUCACAACAGUCCUAACAUUUCCAACAUUUACGACAUUCACAACAAUCCCAACAUUCACAACAUUUCCAACAUUCACAACAAUCCCAACAUUCACGACAUUUACAACAUUCACAACAGUCCUAACAUUUCCAACAUUUACGACAUUCACAACAAUCACAACAUUCACAAAAUUCCCAACAUUCACGAUAUUCCCAACAUUCACGACAUUUCCAACAUUCACGACAUUUCCAACAUUAACAACAUUGACGACAUUUACAACAUUCCAACCAUUCACAUCAUUGGUGACAUUCAUAACAUUCACUGCAUUCCCAACAUUGGCGAUAUUCACGAUAUUUCCAACAUUCACAAUAUUCCCAACAUUGCUGACAUUCCCAACAUUGGCGACAUUCACGAUAUUCCUAACAUUUACGACAUUCACAACAUUCCCUACAUUGGCGCCAUUCACGAUAUUCCCAACAUUCUAGAUAGUCACAACAUUGGCGACACUCAUAACAUUCCAAACAUUCACAUUAUUCCCAAUAUUCCUGGCAUUUAG